UACCGUGAGCAAAGUGUUUUCCUCAUAAGACAGACUAAUUUCCCCGAGAAGACAUUGUUGUAUCUAGUCUAAUGCCAACUAUUAUCUUCACGCUUGUCAUUACUUCUACCGCACACCAUUGCGAGGAUUGAAUAUCUGCACUUUUAUCUCUCCAUUAUACGCAUAACCAUAAGGUUUCAAGCUGACCAAAAUGGCUACCACAACAACAGUUAUCCGCACAUUUAGGAUGCCCAGAUCCUUAAAUGAUACCUUGAUUACACCAGCUCUAUCCCUUGUAGCAGACGACGAUCGAUCAAUGGAGGAAGCAAAGAAAAUUAACGAUGGCUACUCGAAGGAUCAGAGGUCACCUGUCUCCAGUAAUCCGCCGAAACAUGAGCAAGGCAUCACUUUCGCUGCACAGGACAAGUUGCCAAAACUACCAAUACCAGAGCUAGACAGUACCUUGACGAAAUACCUGGCAGCAUUAAAACCAUUACAGUCACCAAGAGAACAUGCAGAAACCAAGCAGGCAGUGGAAGAGUUCUCGAAGAACGAUGGACCUGAACUUCACGAGAGGUUGAAGAAGUAUGCAAGCGGGAAGACCAGUUAUAUUGAGCAGUUUUGUAAGUUAUCCCCCGAAGAAUAUUUUAUAAUGUUCGUACUAAUAUUAAACCCAGGGUAUGACUCUUAUCUCAAUUACGACAACCCGGUCGUCCUAAACCUCAAUCCCUUCUUCCUACUCGAGGAUGAUCCAACACCUGCAAGAAACAACCAAGUCACUCGCGCAGCCUCACUGGUAGUAUCCGCAUUAUCUUUCGUGCGUGCAGUCAGAAGGGAAGAGUUACCUCCCGAUACAGUAAGAGGUACACCUCUUUGCAUGUACCAAUACUCUCGAUUAUUCGGCACUGCAAGGGUACCUACCGAGAAUGGAUGUCACAUCGGACAAGAUCCCGAAUCGAAACAUCUCGUCGUACUUUGCCAUGGACAGUUCUACUGGUUCGAUGUUCUCGAUGAUAAUUCGGAUUUGAUCAUGACUGAAAAAGACAUCUCGAUUAACCUACAAUCAAUCGUUGAUGAUGCACAACAAACCCCGAUACAAGAUGCCGCUAAAGGUGCCCUUGGAGUACUCAGUACCGAAAAUCGCAAGACCUGGUCAGGUCUAAGAGAUAUUAUGACUAGAGAAGAAGGGUCAAACAAUGCAGAUUGUCUUGGAAUAGUCGAUUCUGCGUUAUUUAUCCUCUGUCUUGACUACACAGAGCCCAGCUCCCAAGCAGAUUUAUGUCAGAACAUGCUCUGCGGAACCAGUCAAGUUGAAAAGGGUGUUCAGAUCGGAACAUGCACCAAUCGUUGGUACGAUAAGCUACAAAUCAUCGUCUGUAAGAAUGGAAGCGCGGGUAUCAAUUUCGAACAUACUGGAGUAGAUGGACAUACUGUUCUUAGAUUUGCCAGCGAUCUGUAUACAGAUACAAUUCUCCGCUUCGCCCGCACAAUUAAUGGACAGGCGCCCAGUCUUUGGGCAUCUACCAGCCCGGAUCCCGCCAAACGCGACCCCGCUAGUUUCGGGGAUGUGAGCACUACUCCACAUAAACUAGAAUGGGACAUGAUACCCGAACUCAGCAUUGCUGUUCGUUUUGCCGAAACGCGUCUCGCCGAUCUCAUUCAACAAAACGAAUUUGAAACCCUCGAUUUCGCAGCCUAUGGAAAGAACUUCAUAACUUCGAUGGGAUUUUCUCCAGAUGCCUUCGUGCAGAUGGCAUUUCAGGCGGCAUAUUAUGGAUUAUAUGGUAGAUUGGAGUGUACAUAUGAGCCAGCGAUGACGAAAGUAUUUCUUCAUGGGAGGACUGAGGCUAUACGAUCUGUGACGCCUGAAUCACUAGAUUUCGUACAAACGUUUUGGGCCGAAAAUCCUGCGGAACAAAAGGUUGAGGCACUGAAGAAAGCAUGUCAGAAACAUACAGCUAAUACGAAGGACUGCGCAAAAGCGCAAGGAUGUGAUCGCCACUUAUAUGCUUUGUUCAGCUUAUGGCAAAAAGCAGUUGAAGAUGAUGCUGAGGCUGCUAGUAGUACCGGAUUGAGCAGUAACGGAUAUUCAAGUCCCGUUGAUACGAGUUCAUCUCGAGAUCCGUCUGUAGUCGGUAGUUCAGGCCGAAAUUCACUUCUCAGCAAUGGCGAUGAAGUCGAGCGUCGCUCAAUUCGCUCAACUCGUCCUCGAGGUAAUUCCUCCCUCAGUUCGCAACAACAUUCCAUGCCUCUCAUUUUCGCAGACAGUGGUUGGGAUAAACUCAAUACAACUAUCCUCUCAACAUCCAACUGCGGUAAUCCUUCCCUUCGCCAAUUUGGAUUCGGUCCUACUUCAGGUGAUGGAUUCGGAAUCGGAUACAUCAUUAAGGAUGAAGGGAUUAGCAUAUGUGCCAGUAGUAAACAUCGCCAAACGAAAAGAUUUGUAGAUGCCAUAGAAAGUUAUCUCUUGGAGAUUAGGAGGGUGUUGAAGGCCACUCAAAAGAGAGGCGUGAGUCCGAAGUCGAGUCGAGCUAGAGAGGCAAAUGCUCAUAGGCCGACUGCGGGUCAUAGGCUGAAGAGCAGAGGAAGAGUUAUUAGAGCGGCGGAGGCGCCCGGAACGAUGACACCGGCGGAUGAGAGUGAUGAUGAGGGAUUGGGUGGAUGUAUGUAUUUUUUGUUCCUUCCUCAUCUAUCGCCUUAUUUUUCUACAAAGGACACAAACUAACAUAUUAAUUUACAGAUGGAUUCUUCGACGCAGGUAUGCUUCUGCAAGCUUCGAAAGGUAGAGGCGACGGCCCAGACGACUCAAAAACGAGAGCCAAUGCUCAUGCUAGAAGAAGAGAAAUUGGCAAGAAAUUAAGGUUGAGCGAGUAUUAGGUUAUGACACGGAGUACUGGUUAUGGGUGGGUGGGAAUAUACCGAUAGAUAAGAGGGGAUGGGGUGGGAGGAGGACUUUUGUGCAUUUUAGAAUCUGGCGUUAAUAUUGAUAUCGAUAUUGUCUAUUGUUUUAUCAACCAGUUUGAGUAUGCGACAAGAGAUAAGAGUGAGAUGAAAUUUGUAAGGUGAGGAAGUAAAUAUUCUUGAUCCUUCUUUGGAUGUUGAUGUGAAUACCAGUGGGUGGG